UUUAGCUUGUUCUGUGGAAUGUAAUGGAACAGUACGACAGAACGGCUACAAAUUCUAUCGAAGUGAUAAUCGAUUUCACACGACCGGAUGGUCAACGUACUCGACCGCUUCUAGUAGAUGGGAAACGGUUAUAUGUGGACGAGCACUAUAUUUCUGUAUGGUCACCCGUUCUACGAGCUUGGUGUGUUGAAUGUCCCGAUCGUGAACUGAUUCUAGCAAAUGUACAAUACGAUCAUGUUCUUGAAAUGCUUCAUUGCAUACAUCCAACUUAUAAGGAAGUGGACGAUCAAUCUGUACAUAUUCUACUACCACUUGCUUUCGAUUAUCAGAUGGAUGGCCUUUUACAUCGUUGUGAAUGCUUCCUUGUGCAACAUAAAUUGCCUUUCUUGGAAAAAGUCUGGCUAGCUGACAGGUAUAAAUUAAAUCGUUUAUUGGUAUUAUGUUUGCGAGAGAUGAGGCCCAAUUCAAAAAUUGAUCUUACGGGUAGCCGUUAUUAUGGUCUAAGUGACCGUGUCAAAGUACUGUUGCUGGAAAGGCUGCAUGGCUCUUCAGCACCUGAGGAAAUGUUGGAGCAACCCGUUGACCUGGAACAGUUCCAUCGUCUCACGGAGUUAAAUUUUGCAAUGAUUCGUACUAAAACAGGUCGCGGUUAUUACAUCAAUCCGUAUUACAUCGCUGCAUGGUCGAAUGUUAUCCUGGAACGUAUAUCUUCAAUCAAGAAUAUGGAUGAAAUAUUUUGUCCAUGUACACAUGAAGAACUGAAAGCUUUUCUAAUGGCAGUUUAUCCGCCACAACUUAGGAUAACAGAAGCUAAUAUAGGACCAGUACUGAUGGCAGCUUGUAAGAUGGAAUCAUCGGGCUUGUUGAGGAAAUGCGCAAUGCUACUUCUUGCGCCUCAUACUCAAUUAUCAGUAUUUGUAAGAUUAUCAUUGCUGGAUCGAUGCUUCCUGCAUCAGUUGCUCGAUCCUUGCCUUCAGAUGCUUCAUCGGCCAGAGCAUUUGCUCGAAAUGACUCAACAACAAACUUACGAUUGCCUAUCAAUUCGGGCCCGUGCUGCAAUGUUGGAUCGUUUGACGAUAUUGCUAAAGAAUCCAGGAAUGAAAUCACACACCUGUCAAAGGUGUAGACAACUGAGUGGAUGUGCACAAGUAACAUGGAUGUGCCCUCAUUGCAAUACAUAUUCCAGUGAUGCAUCGUUGCCUAAGAAACCAACAACAGGUGGAAUUCCCGAUGGUAACAUCAAAAGGUGACAUCAUGGUGACAGUGUGAUCUAUCUCUUUCCCUUUGUUCCCAUUAUUACUCUCUUGCAAUUCAAUUCAAAAUAAAGGAGG